AUGGCAGGCCAGCCACCAACCUUGGCACUGGCGCUGGCAGUUGUGCUGCUGGUCGGCCCAGGCGCCAGGGCGAACGAUGCUGCACUGCCCCCCGGGCCUUCCGCGCGCGCCCGCCCGCCGGCCCAGCGCCACAACGCCCUCGAGCGCGUGAACGUGGGCGCCACACGCCCCGACCCCGACCCCACCGUGCGGCUGUCUGUCAGCUCGACGAAGCUGAAGCGCAGCGGCCAGUGGUUCACCGUGGAAUGGGCAAACGUGCCAAACCCUGACUGGGGCGACUGGGUGGCCCUCCUGCCGGCCUACGCCGACCCCAUCUGGAGCGCGACGCCCUUCAAGUACGACAUCGCGGGGAAGACGCCCUCCCACAUCCGCCGCGGCAGCGGCAAGCUCAGGCGCGCGCGGGGCGCCGCGCGGCGGGCGCUCGCCUGUGUGGCCGCGACCGUUGGGCCGUCGCGCUCGCCGCCCACGCAGCUCCUCAUGCGCGACGUCCGCUUCGCCUUCAUGCGGGGCGGCCUCGUGGCGCCGCGCCUGGUCGCAGUCAGCGAGGUGAUCCGCGUGAUAAACCCCAACGAGCCGCUGCAGGGGCGCCUCGCGCUCACAGGCAACGGCCCCAGCGAGAUGCUGGUUCAGUGGUCGACGCACAACAGCAGCCGGGCGAUUGUGAAGUGGGGCGAGAGGGCCGGCAAGCUCACGGAGGCGGCUGAGGCGGAGAGCCACACCUACACGAAGGACGAGAUGUGCGGGGCGCCUGCCAACACCAUCGGUUGGAACGACCCCGGCCUCAUCCAUGUGGCCAAGCUGGUGGGCCUGACGCCGGGGCGCCGCUACCACUACAGAUUCGGCGACGAGGACUGGGGCUUCUCGAAAGAAUUCUCGUUCCGCGCGGCGCCCCCCGAGGGCCCCGGCUCGACGGUCAAGUUCCUGGCCGUGGCUGACCUGGGGCAGGCGGAGGAGGACGGGUCGCUGGAGUCGUUUUACUAUGCACCCUCCCUCAACACCACCAGGCUCAUGCAAAAGGAGGGCGACUCGUAUCAGCUGAUGCUCCACAACGGGGACAUAUCGUAUGCGCGCGGCUACGUGAGUCAGUGGGACAACUUCCACCACCAGAUGGAGCCGCUGGUCACGCGCAUGCCAUACAUGGUCGCGCCAGGCAACCACGAGCGCAACUGGCCGGGCACCCGCGACCGCUUCGACGGCCGCGGGGCGGUCUACGACUCUGGCGGGGAGUGCGGGGUGGCCUACGAGCGGCGCAUGACCAUGCCCAUACCCGGCCCCGACAAGCCCUG